AGUCGCGCAGGAGGAACACAAGAGUUGGAGGGCGGACAUCGAGAGAACAGUAGAUGGUGGAUGAACCUCUGAGAGACUUAACACGGCUGGAAGUAACUGUCCAACUCCUGAGGGAUCUGGUGAAGAAUGGAGUGGUAUGUCCUGGUGCUGAUGCUGAGCUUGCCGCCCUCCAUCCACGCAGAUUGCUCUUCACAGUGUCAGAAAUGCGCGCAACAGAUGCUCAGCUCCGACGACGCAUUCAGCAGCCUGUCAUGCAGCGCGGAGUGUGAGGAGCAGCUGGAGAGCUGCGGCCGGGCUCCGGCGCUGGCGGACUUCAGUCAGGACGAGGCUGCGGCGGAGGAGGAGAGCCAGCAGGCGGACCUGGUCAAACGCUACGGGGGCUUCAUCAAGAGGAUCGACAAGAACAAGAACAAAAUCUUCAGCUCUCCGUGGCGCGAAAAUUACAUCAUGAAAGCAGGAGCGCUGCCCAAGAAAUAUGAGGACUUGUUGAAGAGGCUGGAGGAGAGAGACGUGCUGGAGGACGCGGACGACGCACCGGACGAUCAGAUGCUGCAUAAUUAUGUGAAACGUUACGGCGGCUUUUUACGCAAAUUCGGCCCAAAGACAAAGAGGAGUAGCUCCGCGGAGCAGGAGAGCGAGGAGCCCGAGGAGCUGCAGAAGCGCUACGGAGGCUUCAUGCGGAGGGUCCGGCCAAAGUUGAACAACCUGAAGUGGGACAAGCGGUACGGAGGCUUUCUGCGCCGACACUUCAAAAUCUCAGUGCGCUCAGUGGAGGAGCCGUAUUACUCCUAUGAUGACGUGAGCCUAUAGACGAACCUGCUGGAGGAGAAAAAAAAAACAAAAAAAAAGAACUGAUGCAGGUUCACUUACAAUGCCACCAUUUAUCCCCAAAGUCUCAUCUGCCUGCCUCCUGCGUAUAUCGGCUGCCUUCUGUGUAACAACAUCCAUCUGUGUGUUAUUGGCACCUCCGUCUGUCACUCAAUAAAGGAUGCUUGUUUAAUAAAACAACCAAUGGAAA